CGCCCCAACAAAAUCGUCGAAAUCACCCCCGGCAAAAGCGCCGCGCUGUCUAGAAGCGCGCUCCGGGUGGCUGGCCGGAGGUCCCAUGCUACCAGACAUGACCAACGGCCUGGAAAUGAGAAAGGAUCGCCUCGGGACAAGAGCCAGAUCCAUUUGCACUAUCAGCCCUUCGUCAUUGGCAUUGCUGGUGGGACAGCCAGCGGCAAAACUACGGUGUGCAGCCGUUUGAUGCAAGCCCUGGGAGACCAGCGUGUGGCGCUGGUUAGCCUGGACGAGUUCUACCGGGAUCUCACUCCUGAGGAGUGUUCCUGCAUCUCGGACGUGAACUUUGACGAGCCGCAGGCUUUUGACAUCCACGAACUCGCGAAGUGUUUGGAUGCGCUGGGGCGUGGAGAGGCAGCAGAGGUGCCGGUCUAUGACUUUGUGACAAGUCGACGGUCCGGCAACAUUCGCCGGGUGGCGCCUUCCGAUGUAGUGAUUCUGGAAGGCAUCCUAGUCUUGCACGUGCCAGAGAUCCUGUCGCGCUGCAAUAUGAAGACGAUCUUCGUGGACACCGACGAUGACGUGCGCCUCGCGCGGCGCAUUCGUCGGGACACAGUGGAGCGCGGGCGGGACGUGGAGUCGGUGAUCUUGCAGUACACGCGCUUCGUGAAGCCCGCCUUUGAGAAGUGGAUCCUGCCCUCCAGGACCAAUGCUGAUAUCAUCAUUCCCUGGCGAGACAACAACAGCGUUGCAGUCGACCUCAUCGCCCAACAUAUCCGCUCCAAGCUGGAAGUGCACGACCUGCGCCGGAUCUACUCCAACCUGUGUGUCAUGCCCUCCACCAUGCAGACCCGUGGCAUGCACACCAAGAUCCGCUGCCGCGAGACCUCCCGCCAGGAGUUCGUCUUCUACGCCGACCGCCUCAUCCGCUUGGUGGUCGAAACGGCCCUGGGCCAUCUUCCUUUCGUUGAGGCCGAGGUCACGACUCCUGUCGGGGAGAUCUACCAAGGUUUGAACUUCUCCCGGCGCCUCUGCGGGGUCUCCAUCAUCCGCUCCGGCGAGGCCAUGGAAAACGCCCUGCGGAUGUGCUGCAUCGGCGUUAAAAUUGGCAAGAUCCUCAUCGACCAAGUGGGCAAAGACAGGACGAAAGCACACCGGAUGUGCUCCUCCCGGGAGGGGGCUGCACGUGCUCUACGAGAAGCUGCCCUUCGACAUCGCGGAGCGCCACGUGCUGCUGAUGGACCCCAUCCUGGCCAGCGGCAAGACCGUGGCCGCCGCCAUCGAGGUCCUGACCAAGCACCGCAACGUCAAGGAGGACAAGAUCAUCCUCAUCACCUUGAUCGCGGCAUCAAAGGGUAUCCAUUGGGUGUGCAAGCAUUUUCCCGGCGUGAAGGUGAUCACCACAGAGAUUGACGAGAAGCUGGAUGAGCAAGGAACCGUGCUCCCGGGCAUCGGCAACUUCGGGGACCGCUACUUCGGCACCUGCACGGCAGCAGACGAGCCCAGCAGGCUGACAGCCAGCCUGUCAUGCAUCCACAGCGACAAGGGGUCGUCUACUAGCAACGGCAACGGCACCCCUCCGAAUUCAAAGCCAUGACUGCCGCGGGGAACCAGCUGAACAGGAGCUGGCAUAAGAGCGAGCCUUUGGUUGUCAGACAGCCAGCCCCACCGGGCCCGGCUGGGGGUUUGGGGCGCCUCGCUCCGGCCAGCUGUGCAUCCUGCGUGGAGGUCGUGGCUGAUGUGAUAUAUGUAUAUACAUAUAUAGUUUAUGUCGGAAAG